AUGACUCCCCUACGGCGCCCAGCCGCACGUCGUGACUUUGAGAUUGUAGCAAUUUGCGCCCUCCCCCUUGAGGCCAGUGUCGUCGCCGCCUUCUUCGACCACCACUGGGGCGACGAUCCGCCGUACGGCAAAGCCCCGGGCGACCGCAACGCUUACUCUGUUGGCGCCGUCGGCCACCACAACAUCGUGCUAGCCCAUAUGCCAGGCAUAGGAAAAGCCAGCGCCGCGGCUGUCGCUGCCGACUGUCGAGCAAGCUUCCCUAAUAUCAAGCUUGCGAUUGUGGUCGGGGUCUGCGGUGCUGUCCCGAAUAGCCCGAAUGGCGACGAGAUCCUGCUCGGCGACGUCAUCAUCUCCGAGGGCAUCUUCCAGUAUGAUUUCGGGCGCCAGCUACCUGAACGCUUCGUACCAAAGGAAACACUUUUGGAUUCUCUUGGAAGACCAAACUCUGAGAUUCGCGCUCUGCUGGCGAAGCUGAAGAGUGACCGAAAGAUGCUCCAAGAUAAGAUGAUGAGCUAUUUGACUGUAAUUCAAGGCAAGCAAGACCCAGAUCUAGCAGCCGACUACCCAGGCCGCGCCCAUGAUAGGUUGUUUGUAGCAGCAUACCACCAUAUUGGCACCGGGACGUGCCAGGAAUGUGGCUGUAACGGGCCGGUGGUCUCCCGCAAGCGACUCGAGCAGGACAAUCUGCGGCCUGCCAUCCACUUUGGUCUCAUUGCCUCGGGCGAUACAGUGAUGAAGUCAGCCAAAGACCGUAACGCUAUUGCGAAGCUAAAGGAUAUUAUAGGCUUCGAAAUGGAAGGUGCGGGGGUGUGGGAUAGCUUCCCAUGUAUGGCGGUCAUCAAAGGCGUGUGUGACUACGCAGAUAGCCAUAAGGCCAAAGCGUGGCAGCGGAAAACGCAGAUAGCUCUGGAAUACUCAUACUGGCUUCGAAAGACAUACACAGAAAUUUCGGUCUUCUGGGUUCACGCAAGCAAUACCGAACGGUUCCGCCAGGCGUACGCUUCCAUCGCGCAAGAAUGCCAGGUCCCCGGCUAUAACGACCCUAAGAUGGAUAUGUUACUUCUGGUAAAGAAAUGGUUAGAGAAAGAGGACUGUGGUAGGUGGCUUAUGAUCAUCGACAAUGCCGAUGACACAGAGGUCUUUUUCAGCCAGCAGGCAGAGCCUGCAGUUACCGAUAUACCUAGUACCGACAGCAACCUUGGACGUUACCUUCCCGAGUGCAACCACGGCGCCAUUCUUGUCACAACUAGAAACAAGCAAACAGGCUUCAGGCUGACACAAGGAAAAGGCCCUAUAGAGGUUGGGAAGAUGGACGAGGAUGAGUCAGGCCAGCUACUCCGUAUAAUACUCGACGAAGUCGACUUCACUCCCGAGGAACUAUCAAUACUUUCCUCUCGACUAGAGUAUCUGCCGCUGGCCUUAGUCCAGGCAACAGCAUUCAUCCAAGAGAAUACUACAACAAUUGGUGAUUAUCUUCAGCUUAUAAACCAAAGCGACCAGAAUCUCAUAAAUCUGUUAAGCGAGGAGUUUGAGACAGUCGGCAGAGACUCUGGGGCUCCUCGUGCCGUGGCGGAGACAUGGAUCCUUUCAUUUGAGCAAAUUCAACAGCAGAAUGCCUUUGCAGGCGAAAUCCUAUCGCUUAUGAGUCUCUUUGAUCGGCAGGCCAUUCCAUUGGAAUUUCUUCACCACUAUAAACAGCAGCAAGUAGGAGAUCAAAGUGGAGAAAUACAGCUCACAAAGGCUUUAGGGGUUUUAAAGGCAUUUUCUUUCGUUACUGAAGACAAAGCCCACAACUUAGAUAUGCACCGGCUUGUGCAGCUAGUUACUCGAAAGUGGCUCAUCAACAAGGGCACAAUGCAGCGAUUUACGGGACAGGCGCUAUUAGCAGUAUCACAGGCUUACCCAUAUGGCAAUUUUGAGAAUCGCACAGUAUGCGGGGCAUACCUUCCACACGCACAUGCUGUGUUGGGGUCCGAAGACGCUGGGUUGAAAGAUGAGAGGGUAGCGAGAGCAUCGCUUUUCCAUUGCGUUGCUGGGUUUUUCUCUUAUCAAGGUCGAUGGAAAGAUGCAGAGGAGUUCCAGUUAAAGGGUGUAAAGUUGCGAAAAGCAGUACUAGGAGACGAGCAUCCCGAUACGCUGAACGGCAUUGCCAACCUAGCAUCAACAUACCAGAACCAAGGUCGAUGGAAGGAGGCCGAGAUGCUCCGGGUACAGGUGAUGGAGUUACGAAAGAAGGUGCUAGGAGACGAGCAUCCCGAUACGCUGAACGGCAUCGACAACCUGGCAUCAACAUACCGGAACCAAGGUCGAUGGAAGGAGGCCGAGAUGCUCCAGGUACAGGUGAUGGAGUUAUAUAAGAAGGUGCUAGGAGACGAGCAUCCCGAUACGCUGAACGGCAUUGCCAACCUAGCAUCAACAUACCGGAACCAAGGUCGAUGGAAGGAGGCCGAGAUGCUCCAGGUACAGGUGAUGAAGUUACGAGAAAAGGUGCUAGGAGAUGAGCAUCCCCAUACGCUGAAUGGCAUUGCCAACCUAGCAUUAACAUACCGUAACCAAGGUCGAUGGAAAGAGGCCGAGAUGCUCCAGGUACAGGUGAUGGAGUUAUAUAAGAAGAUACUAGGAGACGAGCAUCCCCAUACACUGAUCGGCAUUGCCAACCUGGCAUCAACAUACCGGGACCAAGGUCGAUGGAAGGAGGCCGAGAUGCUCCAGGUACAGGUGAUGGAGUUACGAAAAAAGGUGCUAGGAGACGAGCAUCCCGAUACGCUGAUCGGCAUUGCCAACCUGGCAUCAACAUACCAGAACCAAGGUCGAUGGAAGGAGGCCGAGAUGCUCCAGGUACAGGUGAUGGAGUUACGAAAGAAGGUACUAGGAGACGAGCAUCCCGAUACGCUGAACGGCAUUGCCAACCUAGCAUCAACAUACCGGAACCAAGGUCGAUGGAAGGAGGCUGAGAUGCUCCAGGUACAGGUGAUGGAGUUAUAUAAGAAGGUGCUAGGAGACGAGCAUCCCCAUACGCUGAACGGCAUCGACAACCUGGCAUCAACAUACCGGAACCAAGGUCGAUGGAAGGAGGCCAAGAUGCUCCAGGUACAGGUGAUGGAUUUAUAUAAGAAGGUACUAGGAGACGAGCAUCCCGAUACGCUGAACGGCAUUGCCAACCUAGCAUCAACAUACCAUAACCAAGGUCGAUGGAAGGAGGCCGAGAUGCUCCAGGUACAGGUGAUGGAGUUACGUAAGAAGGUGCUAGGAGACGAGCAUCCCCAUACGCUGAACGGCAUCGACAACCUAGCAUCAACAUACCGGAACCAAGGUCGAUGGAAGGAGGCCGAGAUGCUCCAGGUACAGGUGAUGGAGUUACGAAAGAAGGUACUAGGAGACGAGCAUCCCGAUACGCUGAACGGCAUUGCCAACCUAGCAUCAACAUACCAGAACCAAGGUCGAUGGAAGGAGGCCGAGAUGCUCCAGGUACAGGUGAUGGAGUUACGAAAGAAGGUACUAGGAGACGAGCAUCCCGAUACGCUGAACGGCAUUGCCAACCUAGCAUCAACAUACCGGAACCAAGGUCGAUGGAAGGAGGCCGAGAUGCUCCAGGUACAGGUG